AUGAAGAAACAAUCUGAUCUUCGAAAUAUGUUCAAAAGAAUGAAAUCUCAUGAUAGUUCAAGUUCUUCGGCUCCAAAUGAUAAUACGUCUCCCUCAAAUGCUAGUGCGUCUCUGGCUCCUCCCAAUGUUACCGUGACUCCUUCAAAUGUUAGUGUGUCUCCGACUCCUUCAAAUAUUACUGUGACUCCUUCAAAUGCUAGUGUAUCUCCGACUCGAAGUGUCCCGUUAGAGGAAAAAGAAUUGAUUUACGAUGUUGAUAAACUUAAUCAUGAUCCUGCAAAAAGAGAUAGUAUAAUGAAAUAUCCUCCAAAUGAGCGAUACGCAAAUGAAGUUGGACUUACUGCGGGGGGAGAUACAUUUGUGAACAAAGGAUUUAAGUCGUGGAAUAAGCCGGACAGAUUUACGAAGCAUAUUGGUGGAGUAAAAAGUGCUCACAAUCUUGCUUAUGAGAAAUAUGUGAACUUAAGAGGUGGCAAAAAAAAGUCUCUUCUUGUUUCUCUUAAUAAUGCCACCGAGGUGACCAUAAAAGAAUAUGACAUUCGCUUGAAGGCUUCUAUUUCAUGUUUGCGUUAUCUACUGCAGCAAGUUGUUUCAAAAGUGACUUCGAAAAAUGCUCCUGGAAAUUUUCAAUUGAUAUCUCCAACUAUUCAAAAGGAUAUUAUCAAUUGUUGUGCUAAAGAAACAACUAAGCGAAUUGUGGAAGAACUUGGUGUUGACUAUUUUGCUAUAUUAGCUGAUGAAUCAAGUGAUGUGUCCCAAAAGGAACAAUUAUCUCUUUGCCUACGCUAUGUUCAUAGAAAAACGGGACAUGUAGUGGAAAGAUUCAUUGGUCUUGCUCAUGUUGGUGAUACCACAGCUUUAUCUCUUAGAAGUGCAAUCAUAUCAUUGCUUAUUGAACAUUCAUUGAGUCCAUUUAAUAUUCGAGGACAAGGAUAUGAUGUGGCUAGUAACAUGAAGGGUAAAAUACAUGGAUUGAAGACUUUGAUUAUGGAAGAUACUCCAAGAGUUUCUUGCAAGAGACGAGAAUUGAUUCGUGAAAUUCAAGCACAAAAACUUGAUCAAGCCUUGGUAAUUGACGAACUUGAAACAGGGUCUGGGUUAAAUCAAGAACUUGGUUUGAAGAGGCCCGGGGCCACUCGUUGGAGUUCUCACUACAAGACUCUUUUAAAUGUCAUGGACCUAUUUUCUACAAUUGUUAAGGUUCUUAUGAUUAUUGGAAAGAAUGACUCUAAAUCGGAUGAUAAGUGCAAAGCUCAAGAUCUGGAAGCUUAUUAUGUGCCUCAUGGAAGAUCAAAGCGCUUUGUUCAACAAGUUUCCUAUCGUCAUCAUUUUCGCAUUGAUGUGUUUAUAGAGGGAAUUGAUUUAUUACUUCAAGAAUUUGACAAUCGAUUUGAUGAAGUCAAUAUGGAGUUGAUCAGAUGCAUGGCUUGCUUCAGUCCUAGAGAUGGCUUCUCUUCUUUUGACAGAGAAAGUGCACUCAAACUUGCAACAUUUUAUCCUUCUGAUUUUUCAAGCAUUGAUUUGAGGUCUCUUGAUUGUCAACUUGAUAUAUUCAUGGAGGAUAUGAGAAGCGAUAAUGACUUUCAGAAUUUGCAAGAUCUUAGUUCUCUUUCAAUGAAGCUUGUUGAAACAAAGAGGGAUGUGGCUUACCCCUUUGUCUUUUUGCUUAUCAAGUUGAUUUUGAUUCUUCUGGUUGCUACUGCAAGUGUAGAGAGAAUAUUUUCUGGAAUGGCGUUUGUGAAGAAUAAGUUGCGAAAUAGAAUUGGUGAUAAACCUUUGAAUGAUUGUUUGGUGACUUUCAUUGAUAAAGAAAUGUUUCUACAAGUCUCUGAUGAUGAUAUAUCACAUCACUUUGAGGAAAUGAAGACUCGUAGAAAAAUAAAUUAG